CAGUUGAAUCGCGGUGGGCAAAAUGUAAAGAACGCGCCGUGGCGAGAGAAUUGGAGAGAUCUCAGUGUAAGAAGUGGUUCACCAGAGUCAAUAUUGUGGUUUUUUUUGGCAUCUCUAAACUGAACUUGUGUACAGUGUUGAAUUAAGAGAGACAUGAUUACAUAAAAGAGAAGAAAGGUGAAUUUUGUCAGUGCAGGAGUUUUGAAGAAAGAAAAAAAAAAACGAAAUACAAGUGCUGAAAGAGAGACAAAAGAUGAAGCCAAUCACGUUUGAGUCCAUCAGGAAUUUGCUGAAGACGAAAAAGAGCAAGAAUAAAGAAAAAGGUGUCGAUGCCAGCUUCAAGAGGUCAGAUUCAUUCAAACGCAUCAGCAUCCGGAAGAGUUACUUGGACCGUGGUAGAAAUAAGCGUGCCAAUGGAGGAGGAAAUUGUGGUCAGACGCGAGCAAAGUCGUCUGUUAUUGCCCUGGAUGAUGUGGCGGCGAUGAAAGUGGCCAAUUCGCUGGUAAGUCACAGGGAUGUGCUGAUGCAGCAGCGCCAGCAUCAGUAUGGUGACAAUGGGCCAAAGUCCUCCCUGCAGGAGAUCACGGAGAUCCUGUCGCUGGGCGGCGUGAAGAAGAACACGCGUGAGAUCGAGGUGCAGACGGUGGAGAUGGAUUUUCGUGGCUUCAACAGCAGCGAGUCGAUUUUCUGUGAUCUGAAGAGGCUCGACGACGAGAGAAUUCACGCCGGCGAUGCCACGGAGGCGUGCAAGAGUCUGAUUGAUGUCACAGGUUCGCACCAUUUGCACUCGAUCGUGGUGGAUGCCGGAGAGGAGAAUUCGCCGGAGGAUGACGAUGUGAGAGAUGACUCCAAGUAUGUCAACACUUUCGUCCUGUCUGGCAGGGAGACGUCGUCGAAUCAGUCUUCAGGACAUUCGUCAUCAGGCCACCAUCGAGACCGUUCGUUGCAGAGCAUGGAGACAAUGGGAUGCGCCGUGAAGAGCCUGACGGAUGGCGAUGACUCGGAGGUGGAUCGCGCGACGGCGUCCAUCAUUUCGGUUGAAGAGAUGCCGAGUUUGGUGACAUUCAAGACAUAUUGUGCUCCGCCAAAAGUGUAUUUGGAGACGAACUUCGACGAGUGCGAGCCAGCGAAGAUUGUCACGCGAGAGAUGGCUAUGAGUGCGGGCAAUGUGUCACGCACGAGACUGAUUUAUGAGCCAGAGAAGAGCUUUCCCAUCAUUGAUUCGCACACUUUUCGCAUGGAGAAGGUGAAGACGGCGCAAGAUAGUGGCGGCGUGGUGAUUAAGAUUCCGGCAAUUGUGGAGGAAAGUUUGGAGAAUCGGGAGAAUCUGACGAAGAAGCUGAGCAAGGACUCGGCUUUGGCGCUGGAAGAGGAGGACGAUGUGGAGAAGGCGCGUGAGGAGAAUGGAAAGUGUACUUUUGAGAUUUACAAGGCGCUGAAGACGGAGAAGAGCUCGGGAAAUUCGGAGGACGAGAGCACACUGGAGAGAAUUGAGGAGACACCAAAGAUGGACAAGGAGGUGAAGCCAAUGAAGUACUCAACGACUUUUGAGAUCAAUCUUGAGUACCCGAAGCCGUACAAUAACGCAGAGAAUAACUUCGAUGAGAGGGAAAUCAUCUCGCCAGACUCAAGUAUUCCCUAUCCUUUGAGGAUCAAGACGAAUCCGUUUACGCGUCAAAAGGAACUCUACUCGGUGAAUCUCGGGAGGAUUUGGAAGCAAUUGAAUCUGGGUCAGGAUGAAUUGUCACUGGAUAUGAAUGGUGGGAAGUUUUCGGGUGCCAAAGCGACAAAUAAGAAUGAAUCCUUCAAAUCCAUGUCAUCGAGAGAUUCGGGCUUCAGUUUGACGCUGACGAAGCCAAAGAGCCUUUUUCGGCGGAAGAGCAAGAAAUCGAAGAAGGGUGAACAGAGGCGAAAGCCAAAGCUUUCUGUGAGUCGUGAUGGGUAUUUUAAGAGGGUGAUGGUCGUGCAGAGGAACUCGUCGAGGCGGAAGAAGAAGCAGAAGUAUGACAGUCAAUUCUUGAGGGAUUUCGAGGAGUUUUGCAGUCGCAGGAACAAGAAGGAGUUCUAUCGCAGGCGUAAUUUUGACGAUGACGAGGACAUUUUCACGCAAGAGAUCAAUGAUCUUGAGACAUUCUAUGAGGAGCACUUGGCACGCCUGAGGAAUUACUAUAUGCACAAGAAGAAGAUCAAUGAGGCCACAAUUACUGACUUCUAUCAGGACUUUGGUGAGCGUGAACUGUACUGUUCGCCCCAUGUUGUGGCCAGGAAUGAGACAUUGCGUCGCAAAUGUGCCAAUUUGGCCAUGCAAGAUGAGUCGAUGCAAGUGAAUCCGGGGAUCAGGGUGGCGGGAGUGCGAGUAGUACAAAUCGUCGAACGCCACGUCUGA